GUCACUGCAGCACAGAGGGUCCCUCGUCUCUGCUCCCCUUCUCAGCGCUGCCUUGGAACCCUUUGGCGUGGCUGGGGUGGCACUUCGGCUCCACGGGAGGCUGGGCAGGAGUCAGGUGUGGGAGACCCCACCAACGCCUCCCCAGGAAUUGGGGCCCUCCCAGGGAUCGGAGCUCCCUCCCCCAGGAGUGGGGGUCUCUUCAGGACAGGGGCAGGGAGGGACCACAGUGGCUGGUGAUGCUCGGCCGUGCCAGGAGCACGUGUCACCCGGAGGACGUGGGCUCUGUGCCCCAGCACGGGCGGCACCCGUUACCUCUGGGGUGGGGCACCUGGCGUCAGCCGUGUCCUGAGUGGGGUCAGGGGUUUGUACCUGCUGGAGGGGCCCUGGGACCUGCAGGCAGGUUACUGGGAGGUACUGGGAUGUCGUGGGGCCCUUGGCUACACCUGCGUAAGCGUUUCGGGGGGGUCACCGGUGUUUAUUUGAGUGUAGGGCGAGGCAGUGGCCGGCCGGUAAUGAUUAACCCCGGGCUGAGCCAGAGGCUGAGGCCCCCCUGCACGAGGGGCUGGGGGGCUCCGUGUCCCCCCCGUAACCCCACCAGGUCCCGGGGGCUGUGGCUCAGCCCGUAGGGUUGGGCAAAUGCUGCCCCUACCCCUGCCCGGGAUGCCCAGCUACUGUCCCGUCCUGUGCCCGCCCGAGGCUGUGUCCGUUCACGGCACGGGAAUGCUGCCAGCGGUGUCCCCCCGAGCCGAGCAAGCACGGGGGGAUUCAGCCUGGGGGGGGGAGGUGUGAUGCUGCUGUGGGCGCUGUAUCGGCGCGGUGGCACCUCUGUGCCAAACGGGGCAGAGGAAGCCCCCUCCCUGGAGCCGGCGGUGGGGUGGGGCCUCUCCACCUGCUCCAGGUGCUCUAUAAAGCUCCGGCCGCUGCCGAGCCGCCAGUUCCGGAUCCCUGGAUCGAGGCGUGCGCCGCCGGCUAACGGGAGAGCAGCCACCGCCCAGCCCCGCCAGGCGCUGGGACCCUCCGGACGAGCCCCAUGGCGUUCACUGCCCUUCUGCUGCUGCUCGUGCUGGGCACAGAUACACGUGCUGUGCCCAUGGAGACGACCAUGGAGAUGGAAACGGCUGAAACGACCGCCACGGAGACGACCACGGAGACCACCACCCACACCUUGACUGCUGCUCCUCCUGUCUUCACCAGGGGCACAGGAGGCAGCAGGUCCCCACCCUCUCUCUUCCCCCAUGCCACCGUGUUCCCUGGCAAAAACACCACAGACUUCCAGUCCGGCAACCACUCCUUGGGCAAUGGCACCACAGUGCCCAUCCCUGGCAGCCCAGCCAUCUCCCACCCCAAUGUCACCUCGAACAGCAGCAGCUGGGCUCCCCACUUGGGCACCAACAGCAGCUCUGCCGCUCCCACCACCGUGGAUGGCGGCAACUCCAGCGCCAACGGCAGCACCAGCGCUCAGGUCCCUCCCACCCGGACAACCUCUGUGACAGCUGAGGGCAGCACAGCCCACAGGCAGACCCCCACCAGGGAGGGUCCCAACCCCAGCAAAGCCACAGCCCGGCUGCCCGCUGCCGUCCAGCUGCUCGCCCGCGUCCCGCUGUCCUUCCGCAUCAUCAACAGGAGCUUCAACGAGAGCCUGCGUGACCCCACGUCGGAGCAGUACCGGAGCCUGAGCCGCACUGUCCUGAGCAUGUUUGAACACGUGUUCGGCUGCGCGGGCUGCGCGGGCACACAGACCUACAUGGGGUGCAGUGAGCUGCAGUACAGCCAGGGCUCGGUGGAGGUGCAGUCCACCCUCGUGUUUGGGAAUGGCAGUGACACUGUCACCCCCAACGCUGCCGAGCAGCGCCUGAGGAAGAGCCUGGACCAGAAUGGCUUCAUCAUGGGCCUGCAGCUGGACAGCAUCCAGAGCUCCACAGAGGUGAUGUCCCCAGCACCAGUGCCCAUGGUCCCAGACUGGGCCAUUGCUCUACUGGUCCUGGUCAGCAUCCUGGUGCUGCUGAGCUUCUUCACUUGCCUCCUCCUGAUGUCCUCCUGCACUUGCCGCCGGAAAAGCCGAGGGAAGCUGGACCUGCUCAGCCAGAAGGAUUCCUACCACCCCAUGGCUGAGUACCUCCAGUACCAGAGCCACGGGCGCUACGUGUCCCCCAACAGCAAACCCAACCCCUACAGCCAGGUGGCCGGCAGCAGCACCACGAGGGCCGGCACCUUCACCUACACCAACCCUUCCACCGGCUCCGACAACCUCUGAGGCACACGCUGGGACGGAGGGCGGCUGCCGAGGGGAGGGGGCAGCUGCAGCCCCCCACUCCCGGGGGAGCAGCACCGGCCCCGGGCACAUCCCCCGGUGCUGCUCGGCCCCUCGCCGCGGGCAGCGGGCGCUGGAUGGUUCUGGAGCAGCCGGAUUCGCGCAUAUGACAGAACUGGAUGAACGAAGAUUGGGGGCGGGGGGGAGGGUCCCCCGCACCCCACGGUCCCCGCUUGGCUUUGCAACCCUGCUCCGUGCCGGGGGCGUGGCGGGGGCCGGGCUCAUGCUCGCCCUGCACUCACCCCUGGGGAUUCAAUUGCUCUUUUUGUGGUGUUGUUUUACAUAAAUAUCUCUGUUUGGGGGGUGUUGGUGCCGGGCUCGGCUCGGCGGGGUGGCAGGUCCUGGG